CAGAGCCUCUGCUGAGCAGCUGCCUGCCUGCCACAUACCCAGCUGAUAUGGAGACCAUCGGAGCUACGCAGCUGUGCUGGGCCAUCCUGGGCUUCCUCCUCCUCCAAGGCCACAACUCCCAGCCCACAACAAUCCAGACCUCCAGCCCUCAGGGAGCAUUCAGCAGUCUAAGUCUGACCCCAGAACCAAUUUCCCCCAACACAGCGUCUCCAAAGAAGGCCUCGCAGGCCCCCAUGGUAGCGAGCAAACCCGUAACGCUGAGGUCAAGCACCGUGGAUGGUCACUCCCCAUCCUCGCUAGGCCUGACUCAGUCCCAACCACAGGAGCACACAUCAGGACUUGACCAUCCUCCAGCUUCUGAUAUCUUCUGUUGCCCUUCGCCUUCCCUUUCUGCAUCUUCUUCAGUCGACUCAUCUCAAAAUGUUACUCCCAAUUCAAACACCAUGAACUUGAGCGCAAGGGAAGACUUGACCAUCCUGCCCAGCCCCACGUCACAGACUGUGCUCACUGUGGCUGCAUUUGGUGUUAUCAGCUUCAUUGUCAUCCUGGUGGUUGUGGUGAUCGUCCUAGUCAGUGUGGUCAGUCUGAGGUUUAAGUGCCGGAAAAACAAGGAGUCUGAAGAUCCCCAGAAACCAGGGAGUUCGGGGCUAUCUGAAAGCUGCUCUACAGCCAGUGGAGAGAAGGAGAGCAUCACCCUCAUCUCCAUGAAGAAUAUCAACAUGAACAACAGCAAAGGAUGCCUCUCGGCAGAGAAGGUUCUUUAAGAGCGACUUCGGGUCCCCAUGGGAUAAUGCAGCUGCCCUGUCUGUGAGGAGGAAGAGAUGGGAUUGGUAGAGGCAAUGAACCACAUAUAAAUUAUUUUAUUGUUUUGUGUCUUCUCCCAGAUCUAAAAAACACUAGCAUUCCUCCAGAUCUGGGAGCAAGCUACCAGUAUGAGAGACAGUUUCCCAUAUGGAUAGCCACUCUACAAAUAUGGCCUGCUCUUCCCACCUUCUCAGAGUCAUAGAAAAGAGGACACCAUAGAGCAAGAGCAAGGAAAAUGAUGAGGUGGAUUGAUCCUUUCUACUCUGCAUUAAAAUUAUUUUCUGGCCUGCU